AUUUUCCUCUUACAUUGAAUUUCAUUCCCUCUCAUGAUGGCAAACAGACAAGUCCUGUUUAUUUUGCUUGCUAUGCUUGGUUCUGCAUAUGCAGUGUACAAGCAGUGGAUUCCAGACACCAACUUUGAAAAUGCAACAAAUUGGGACAAAGGUUCUGUGCCCUGUGGAAGCGACCAAGUGAUAUUUCCAGCCUCUGGUAAAGUAGCUGUGUAUGUGGAGGCAACUCAUACACUUUCUGGAAUGAGUCUCCCUGUGGAUGGAGAGUUUAUUCUGGCUUCAGGAGCUAGUUUCUCUAUUAGAGAAGGUCCGGAUCCUAGCUGUGGAGCAAGUGGCACUACCCAUUUCAGAGACCCUGACUCUAUGAAGUGGUUCGAUCCAGCUCUGUGGAAGGCUGCUUCCUCAUUAGAUCACCUUCAGAGUGGGCCAUAUCUCUUCUUUGUCCAUGAAGAGACUGUACCUUGCCAGUAUGAUGAUGUAGUGUUUCGAGAUGGAUCAUCAUUCCGUGUGGAUGUAUCGGCACAUGAGAAUAGCGUUCCUGUGAAGAGCGUGUCCGUGCUGGGGAAGAAGUUCAGUGACAGCUCCGACUUCUCACAGUACGCUACUUCCCAUCUGGGCAAGCUGCAGUUUCAUGGAUCUUCAGCAGUCAGAGUUAGUGGUUCAGCCUGCAAUGAUAUCACUGGAUGUGAGUGUGGAAAUUCAGCCAACCAUGACCGGAUAUGUUCAGAUAUCAAGUGUCCACACCUGGGCUGUAAGACAGCCUUGAACCCUGUGGGACACUGCUGUGAUGUCUGUGGUGCCAUCGUGACUAUUCAUUUCUCUGACAGCUUCAACAUUGAAUCCUACCACCAGCGAGUGCAGCACCUCUUCCUCAGCUUGUUUAAGUAUAAAUCUAUCAAGAUGGCAAUGUCAAAAGUCUCAAAAACUCAGAGACUGAUGCGAUUCAUUCCUUAUAAAACCACACAAGAGAUCCAGGUGGUUCUCCUGGAUGAAAAUACUGGUCCAAACUCUGGAAAACUAGCUGAGGACCUUGCUCAGGAUAUCAUGAGAGACAUUAAUGCCCAAGGUUCUCACCUGGGCAUAGAUAGUGCAGAGUUUCAAGCAUCUUCAGGACCAAGUGGUGGCAUAAGUGGAGGAGCAGUGGCUGGGAUUAUCCUGGGUAUUCUGGCUUUGAUGGCUUUCUUGGCUCUGUUUGUAGUUCUCCAUCGUCGGGGCAUGGUCAGAAUGCCAAAUUUACCAUCAUUGAGUCGUUGGAGGAAGGAUAGUGAUAUUGGUGAACUAGGUGGGCCUUUAGACCAUGGUUUUGACAACCCUAUGUUUGAGAAGCAAAGCGAUUUGCCAGAGAUCCCUGGGCUGUAUGGAACAGAGAGUCUGAAUGGUAUCACCUUAACUCAUUCAGGUGUGCACUUUGUGAAUCCUGUGUAUGAUGAAACUGACUUUAAUGCAUGAUGCUGAUUUAAUGAUAAUGAC